ACGUUUAGAAAUAUAUAUUUAUAUAUAUUUUGUGUAUAGAAUACAUAAAACGUUUUUACUUAAUGCUCAAUCACUUGUCAAACUCGAAUGGGACGUUGAGCAUGGAGUCAAUUAGUGAAAUAAUUGACCAUCAGACAUUGAGCCGGCAGCUAGUGGAGGAUACCAGCGAUCUGAUGGUGCAACACACAUUGGUGGGCCGUACACCGUCGCCAGCGUCUUCGGUAACGGUACUAUCGGCACAUGAUAGCGUGGUCGAUGAGCAUGAAAUGGCCAACUCGUCCAGUGUUGUUUUGAAUUCGGACUCUGGCGAGCACAGCAAUAUGGCAAUUGUGCACAAUAUUAUGGAUCAUCAUAGUCCAACGUAUCAAACACAGCGGCUUCAUCAGCAACACCAUAUGCACCAGCACCCUGAACAUCAUAUGCAGCAUCAUCACCAGCACUUGAGUUUGCCGCAACGUUUGCGUCUGGAGAGCCCCGUACAUUUUGUGGCGGCUGAUAAUACGUUAGACGCAUUGUCGGUGGGAUCGAACUGUUCGAAUACAAUGGGACAUAUCAUUGCCAUGGAGCAAGAACAUAAAUUAGUGAUAGUUAAUGGCAAUAGUAAUGGUAGUAGCACCAACAACAAUAAUAACAAUAAUAAUAUUUGUAAUAGUCUUAAAAAUAACAACAACAACAACAAUGUUAGCAGUAAUCACAAUAAAAGCAAUUGUGAUUUGGGUGUCGUUUUAGAUGACCUAACGGCCGACGAUCACACAACAAUGGAUUCUUCAGAUCAGCCUAACUAUGAGUCGCAUGACGGUUCGGCGGAAUCUGAAUCACAUCACACCUCCGCACUACAUCAUAUGCAUCUUCACCACCACCACCAUCAGCAGCGUUGUCGUCACAACAUCCAUGAUCACUGCCCCCUACAAUCAGCUCAAACAGAGCCACUAACGGCGAUAGUUCAAAAUCAUGACGAUUCUCGGGACUCUGCCACUCAGAUAUUGAGUCCCCCGGAGCUAAGCGUGGUGGGUGUAGGCGAAAACUCGCUGGGGACUAGUUCCUAUCAAACACUGACUUCUGUAGUAAACGAUGAACCAUUAUCUCCGCCCGGAUUUAGUCCUACAUCAGCAUAUGCCACGUUGACACCUUUGCAGCCAUUGCCACCCAUUUCCACCAUGUCGGAAAAGUUUGCCUAUGGCGGCCACAUCAGUGGUGGGGGUGUUGUUAGUAGUUCCAGUACAAACGAUGCAGCUAGUGACGAUGGUGGUAAUGGCAAUAGUGCAUCGAAUGGUUCAGCUGGAGUAGUUGGCCCAUAUGUUGUGAUGCCAACUACUCAUCAUGGUCAUAAUCAGCACCAACAUUCACAGCAUCAUCAUUCGCAUCAACAACACUCGAAUCCACUGAGUUCCCUUAGUUUAAGUGGUCUGAGUGGUGGUGAGCCCUCACCAUAUUCCUCAUAUGAUAAACUGCCAACAAUGGGGAUGUCCAUGACACCACCUCAUAACUAUGGCAGCUCUCCGUCUCACACUCUUUCAGGACUUGUAGUAUCGUGCGAUUUGCCGGCCACCUCACCUGGUGGCUGCGGCCCCCUAUCACCUCAGUCAAAUUACAGCCACUCUGCAGAUUUACAGUCACCCAAACCUUUACAAUCUAAUUUAUUACGUUGUAAGGAUUCUUCCAGCUCGAAAUUGAACACCUUGACAACAGACACUGACACUGGUGUCACCGGCUGUGCUGCAGAACGUCAUGUAGUAUGCCUGUCGUCCGUCAAUAUUAAUGGUAGCAGUGAUGUUGGUGAUCAUGUCAUUAUUACGGAUUACGAGUCACCAUACAAUUCUCAACAAAGGGACAUGAUUGUCUCAAGCACACCAUCUACCUCAUCAGCAUCUAAUGGAUGCGGCCGAAAUGGCUCUCACUUACAUCUACAAACUGCGAGUCCUGGGGCACUUAGUCCACACUCGGUAUCUGCCAGUUCUAUGAAUUCACCUGGUACAGUCGUAACAUUACCACACUUGAACUGCAACAAUAACAAAAACUUAGUGGAUAUAUCUGCACUGCAAGGAAAUCAACAGCAUGUGGUAUCGCUCACACCUUCACCACCACCACAAAACAUCGGCUUAAGUGAAGCGCCUCGAACGUUAUUAGUGACCGUAAAUCAUGGCCAUGACGACAGUAAUACCUUGAACGGACGAAGACUGAUGAUAAAUGGAAGUCUCGAUACACAUUUGAUAAUGCAAACAACACAACAGCAGCAGCAUCAACAAAAGCACCAUCAAGAUACUAAAUCACAUCCUAUAACAGGUGAUUGCACCAAUAAUGGAUCGCAGCAAACUCAAAUUGUUAUUCAAGCUCAACAACAGCAGCAGCAGCAGCAGCAACAACAACCAAUCCAGAAUCAACAAAUCCAGAAUGAAAUUCAGCCUCGUAACAAUAAACACUCCAUCACUAAUUCCAGCGCCAACUCACACACCACCAGCUCAAGCUGUGGAGACAUGGAGGAGAUCAAUACAAAAGAGUUGGCCCAACGUAUUUCAGCAGAACUUAAGCGCUACAGUAUACCUCAGGCAAUAUUCGCUCAACGUGUUUUGUGUCGUUCUCAAGGCACUUUAUCCGAUCUGUUGCGUAACCCAAAACCCUGGUCGAAACUCAAAUCUGGACGCGAAACGUUUCGACGCAUGUUCAAAUGGUUGCAAGAGCCUGAAUUUCAACGUAUGUCUGCCCUACGUAUGGCAGCCGCUCAAUUGCCCCAGCGCAGCUCAUGUACAACUAAUGGCAACAGUUCCAUUAAUCAUCAUAUAGUCAACAAUAGUGUACAUGAAGAUUUCGAUUUGGAUUUUGCUGGACCGACUAGUUUAAGUAGCACAACACCCAGCACUAUCCCAGCAGGACCAGUAGUGAUAGCUGGAGCACCCUGUCACCGUAAAGAUGAAAUACAAAUGGAACAUAUGCCCCAACCCAAGAAGCCUCGUCUAGUGUUUACUGAUUUACAAAGGCGCACCUUGCAGGCCAUCUUUAAGGAAACUAAACGACCUUCAAAGGAAAUGCAAGUAACAAUUGCACGACAACUCGGACUGGAACCAACCACAGUCGGUAACUUUUUCAUGAAUGCACGCCGACGCUCAAUGGAUAAGUGGCGGGAUGAUGAUGGAAACAGUACUCUAUCCGGGCAUGGUGGCGCCAAAAGCUCUUCAUAUCAAUCAAAUUCUAGUAGCAAUAACCAUAACCUUCAAAGUCAGUCAGGGAAUCAUAGUAAUUCAAAUAAUGGCAGUAGUCAAUUCAUUAACAAUAAUCGCAACAACAUUGGCAAUAUACAUAUACAACUUUCUUCUUCCCAAUACCACCAAGAUCAUCACCAUUCAUCUUCACUGGACUUGGAUGAUGAUGGAGAUAUGGACCUGGAUUUGGUACACGACGAUUUCGAAUUAAGCGACCACAAUAUUGAUGACAGUCAACACCAAAAAGAUGACAUGUUGUGACAUAAUACAGACUGCAAACAGAUUAUAAAAUCCGAGUUCGACUUUGAACAGCUGGAGUCUCAGCCAAAUGGGCUGGAAUUCAAAAGUGUCCUUAAAAUAAAUCACAACAGUAACAGUAAUGAUAUACAUGUGAAUGCUUCAGCGGUUAAGCUUCAAUUAGAUUUAUCAGAUAACGAUUCCAACACACACAAUUCAUUCGUCUCCCCCUGCGUAUCGAUUAACAACUUUGGUGAGGAACAUCACACCAUUUCAAAUGAUCUGAUACAAGGAGAGUUCGACGAUUCAGACGAU